AGCUGUCAGGUCCCCAUCCCCACAUCUGUUUCUUAAGGUCUCCUCCCUGUCUCUGGCCUCUUGUAGUCUCUGAUUUCCAGGGCCCUCCUCCUGGCUGUGUUCCCCCAUCUCUCUCUCCAGUCCAUGUGCCCUCCUCCCAUCCCCCUCCCUCAUGUGCCCCCUGAGGCCCUGUUCCCUUUUGGUUGCCCUGCCGGGCUGGAGGGGGGUUGGGGUGUGGGUUCCCAGCAGAGCUGGGCUCUUGGGUUUCCCAGAAAGCCAUCUCCCCCGCACACCCCCCCCCCCAGGCACACAUAUUGUUCCACUGUCUGGCUGUUUUUUCCUGUCCAGGACCCUCCAAGGCCAGGCCAGGGCUGACUGGCAGUGACUACUGCCCUGCCCUUUGCAGCUGGGGAAACUGAGUCAUGGGGGAGUGUAAAGGGGAUAGAAUUCUUUGUGGGGGAGUGUGGGUCUGUUUCCUUCUCCAGCCUCCCUUGGGACUUGGGAGACAAGGAUUGGGGGGGUGUUCCACCUUAGGGCAGCAGGAAGGCCCUGCCACUCACACCUUCCAGAGAUAGACUCAGGCCUUACUGACAGCUCCCUGGGGACUGCCUUUCCAGCCUCUGCUGCAGGUGUGGCAUCUACACCUGAUCCUCCCCCCCCCGGCAUGUGCACAGAGCCCCCAGUCCAUCUCCCAGGAUGCUGUUAUACACAGGACACCUAAGGGUCACCUAAGCCACCAUGACUUUCCUCUUCAUCACCACAGCUGGAGCCCUGGGCCUGGGGGCACUUCACACCUGGCUGCACCUACUCCUCUCCUGGGAUAGUGUUGCAGGCUAUGCUAGGGGCCAGACUCCCUUUGCCCACAUCCCUUGGUGGCUGGCACCCGCCCUGCAUUGCCCAACCCACGAAGGACCCCGGCCUAUGAGACAUCAGUUCCCCAUGGGUUGAGGCUGAGGUUCCAAGAGUUCAGUGCCUCCCUGCCCCCACCCCUUUCCUGGAAGCCCUAAGCUGUGUCACCAGUAGCAGGUGUCGGCCGCCCCGCCCCUCUUCCCUCCGCCUUAAAGGGGUCUCCCUCUCGAGGCUUCCCAGGGUCACAGACAACUCCGCUGUGUGACCAUACCCGUCAGGGCUCCUAGGACGUGGGAGUCCGGAUUCUGAGCUUUCUCUCCUGGCGUGGUGUGGCCCUCUGGACUCUUGCUCUCAGUUUUCCCUACCUGGGGAGUGGGGACUGGCCCCCACGCGAGCCCCGAGGGGAUUAUUGGACUUGGGCAGGGGCGGGGCCGCACCCCAGAGGUGUCGCUGCGCCCAUGGGUUUCAAGGACCGCGCGCGGCCCCACCCCACGAUGACUUCCCACAUCCUCUUGUUGCUUUUCGCCUCCUCCAUCCUGGGGGAUCCGGACUCCGUGGGCAGGCAGCCCCUGCACCAGGUCACCCAGCACCGCAGGCGCCUCUGUUCCCUGGGCACAUGCCAGACCCACCGCCUGCCAGAGAUGAUCUACUGGCUCCGCUCGGCCUCCACCAAGGAGCUCUCCGGGAAGGCCGGCCGCGAGCCCCAGGACCCCCACAGCUAUGGGCGCCGCCGCCGGCGCGAGGCCAGAGUCCCGCUCCGUCUCCAGGACCCUGGCUUGAAGAAAACAAGCUUGCGCAGUGCCCAGCUUGCUGGGUGA